AUGGCGCCUAUACAUAGAAUUUUCUCAUCGGCCACCAGCAAGCCCUACCGAACUACAAAACUCCAAGAUGAAAACCCUCCUUACUUGAAUGAGAAUGGUUAUGUCGACUUUGCGCCUGAUGAUAUAAGAAAUCCCCAAAAUUGGUCUACGCCUCGAAGAUGGGCUGUCACGAUGUCUGCUGUGUUGCUUGUCCUCAAUGCCACUUUUGCCUCGAGUUCGCCGAGUGGUUGCUUUCCAUCCCUGGCAAAGCAUUUUCAUGUGUCUGAGCUGGCCGCAGGUCUAACAAUCACCCUAUUUCUCUUGGGAUACUGCGCCGGACCGCUCAUCUUUGCUCCUCUGAGCGAAGUGUACGGACGAAGAUGGAUCUUUUAUAUCACCUUCUCGUUAUACCUUAUCUUUAACUUUCUAUGUGCUUGGGCACCUAACUUCGGCGCACUUCUUGUUGGCCGUUUCCUCACAGGAACUUUUGUCUCUGCGCCCCUUAGCAACUCACCAGGUGUCCUCGCUGAUCUCUGGUCUCCUAUCGAGCGCGGCAAUGCCAUGGCUGGAUUCGCUGCCAUGGUGUGGAUUGGUCCGGCUCUAGGCCCCGUCAUUGCAGGCUUUCUCGAGCUCAAGAAAGAUUGGCGCUGGAGUUUUUAUGUCUUGCUCUGGCUUGGUGGUGCGACAGCUAUCAUCAUGCUGACUAUCCCCGAGACACAUGCUCCGACACUUCUUCUCAAAAAGGCGCGAAGGAUCCGCAAAGCAAAAAUCCCUGGAUACGAGAACGUCAAGGCUCAGUCUGAAGACACUGAUCGGUCUUUGAAAGCAGUGUACAAGAUUGCACUGACUCGACCAUUCAUCAUACUCUUCGACACCAUCUCCUUCCUGUGUGCCAUUUACAUGUCUGUUGUUUACACUCUGUUGUAUAUGCUUUUCAGCAUUUAUCCCAUCGUCUUUCAGCAACGAAGAGGUUGGAACAGUGGUGUAGGAGAGCUACCCCUGAUUGGAACAGUGGUUGGUGCAUGCAUUGGAGGGUUUAUCGUGUUGAUUGACUCACACAUUCGAAAGAAGAAGAUCGAAAAAGGCGGGAAAAAGAUGGAACCAGAAGACCGAUUGCCAUUAGCCAUGAUUGGUGGUGUUGGUUUUGCUGUGACUAUGUUCUGGUUUGCAUGGACGGCUGAGUAUAACUCCAUCCAUUGGAUUGUGCCGACAAUAGCAGGGACAUUUCUUGCUACAUCGCUGAUGCUCAUUUUCGUUGCCUACCUGACAUAUCUUGUGGAUGUGUACCUUAUGUACGCCGCAUCAGCUAUUGCAGCAAACACAAUCGCGCGAUCAGCAUGUGGCGCCGCAGCACCUCUCUUUACAAACCAAAUGUUCAGCGCUCUUGGUAUUGGUGGCGGCGGUAGUCUUAUCGGCGGCGUUGCUACUGUCCUGGCUAUUAUACCGUUUUGGUUUUACAAAUAUGGAAAACAAAUUCGUAUCAGAAGUAAGUUUGCUCCUACAAAGGACAAGGAGGAAGCCAAAGAGAAGGACGAGGAACGGGGUGUUAGUAAUGGUAACGGCGAUAGACAUAACAGCGUCUUGUCUAACGAUGGCUCGGAUGGCUCAGAGUCGACAGUGGCUGCGAGAUAG